AUGCCUCCGCUGCUGCGGGGGGGCGCUGGCCGUGUGGGGAUUUCAGCCUCAUCUGCAUUGGCGUCUAUGCGGCGGGCGACGACGGGCGAGCAUCACAGUUACCGUCCUGGUCGUCUUGCGCGAGUAUUCCGCCGGUUGUACGUUUUCGUCACCCCGCGUAGUUUCCAUAAAAGUUUGGCGACAAACUUGCAAGUAGGCAUGGAGCGGGUGCAGGAGUUGGAGCGGGAGCAGUUGUGGUUGAGGCAGCACGGCUCCCCGCUGCGCGUGAUGGGGCUGCCCGAGCACGCAGAGCUGACGGAGGUCCGCUCACGUUACCGGGAUCUCGUCUUUGCGACACAUCCCGACACUGCAGAAAGGGAGGCAAAGACGCAGUAUGACAUGAUUCAGACGGCGUACAAGAUGGCGACCACGCCGACAAGCUUGUGGCAUCAAAACGGGUCCGCCCCUGCUCUUUACCGUAGUCUUCGGGGCACCUCGAAAGGUCUCACGUGGCGUGUGGAUUGCGUCACGCUGUUUGCGCUCUUUUCGUACGCCGUGAUGGGCACUGUGGGGAUUAUUUUCUCUCUUGUUGUGGUACGUCAAUUUCUCGAGCUGGCGCUGCGCUUUUUCGAUCCCGAGUUCUACGCAUUUCUGGUAGCGCAGGAGAAGGAGGAGGAGCGCCAGCGGCUGGCGGGAAUUUCAGUGGACACCGACCCAAAGCGUCUUGCACCGACGGUAGUGAAGCGGCUUUUAUUCCCCGGCCGGUUUGUACACAACAACAAGGGCGGUGGGAACGAAGCGGGAAAAGAGGCAGAUGAAUGA